AUGAUCACAGACCUGGUCCUGCUGCUGUUCCUGUUCGGCCUGCUGUUUGCCAUCCUCAAGCUCGUAGCGUUCGCCCAACCACCCACCCCGUCCUCCUCGUCUUCGGCUUCCGCAAACCCCGCCGCCCCGUCCACCACCACCCGCACCCGCCCCGCAGCACCAACAGCAGCAGGCGGAUCCACCGUCGACUGGCACACCGGCCAGCUCAAUCUCAAGACCAACCUGCGCCCCGUCACCCAGCAGGACCUCCUGGACAAAGCCGCCGCCGCAGGCGCCGACGGCGGCCGCUUCGUCUCCAACCACGCAGAAAGCUUCAGCUUCGGCAAAAAAGACUCCUGA